AUGAGGUUACGAUCCAACUAUAAUAGGUCAGAAAGCAGCAGCAGCACCUCUAUUCCCUCUUUUGAGUCUAAAAAUGAUACAGAAAUAGUUAUUGCCAAUACAGAUUCAGUAGAAGAUGACUCCCGUACAGUCAGUAGGAGCCUUAAAAGAGCGAUCCAUAAAGACUUUGAUUACAAUAUAUUUUUACAAAGCAUGGAAGCUUUACAAAACGAAUGCACCUUAAGUAUGUAUGGAAUGUCUCAAGCAAUAGGCUCAUUAAAUGAAUCUAUUAUUUCUGGCGCCAUUUUUUCUUCGAAGCCUAAAUUCUACUUCGACUACAGUUGUACCGGACUUAAAGAUAUAGAAGCACAUCUAAGAAAAACACCUAUUGAAAAUAAUAAGUUUGAUUAUGAUAAAUUUGUAUCUAGUUCUAGAUGA